CUUUACCGGCCCACUCCUCUGUGUGUCUGUCUAACACAACAAAACACACACACACAAUUGCGGGAUUGGAUCAGGUCAUGUCUCAUCUCGAUCUUCUCUUCCAAGCUCUUUUUUUGCUGUCCUAACUAAUAAUCCAUUUGCUCAGACGAUCCCAAGAACAGAAAGAAAUUAAAGAAAGAAAUGGCGUUCGAACUCUGCACAGGCGGCGCCGGCGGCGAUCCCAGUUUGGGUCAGAUAAUAAGUCCGAGGAUAUCUUUCUCCCACGAUAUUCCCCAAACCGGAUUCGUACCGGUCGAGCAGUACGUCCGGUCGUCGUCCAGCACCUCCAGCAUGGAUUUCGACUUCUGCGUCUUCCGCCAAAGCUUCGACCUGCAGCAGGAUAAUUCAUCCUCCUCAGCCGACGAGCUUUUCCUCAAUGGAAAAAUUCUCCCCAUCGAGAUCAAGAGGAGGAUCGGCCCCGCCCCCACCACGCCGCCGCCUCCAGCAAUAUUAAUCCCCCCCGCGCCGGUAACGAAACCGGCCGGACAAAAGCAGCAGGGCAGUUCAUCAAAGGCGGCGGUGUUCUGGAAAAUCAAACGCAGUUCCAGUUUGAAUUGCGGGAGUGGAUACGCCAGAACUCUUUGUCCUCUCCCCCUGCUAUCCCGGAGCAAUUCUACAGGUUCGUCUUCCCCAAUCCCGAAGAGAACAUUAUACAGUAGCAGCAGCAGGAGCAGCAGAGAUGCGUUUAACCCCAUACCCCAAAACAACAACAAAUCUUCUUCAACCAAACAGAAGCCACCUCUCAUGAAAUCCCAGCAGGCAAGUAGUAGUAAUAGUAGGAACAACGGGGUAAGGAUUACCUCGGUCUUGAAUGUCUCUGCGUCAAGUCUGUUUGGUAUGGGUUCCAUGUUCUCUCAUGGCAAUGGCAGAGAUAAGAACAAGAAGAAGAAGUGAUAAUGGUCAGUGAUUUCCCAUUAUUUUAAAGGGAUUGUGUUUUCCAGCAACAUUUCAAACCGAUUGUUUAUCACUUGAUUUCCCCAUUUUUUAAAACGGAUUGUGUCUUUGAGCAACAUUUCAAACCAAUUGUUUAUUAUUCGCCAUUUAGGAGUUCUAACUUUAGUUGCUUUAAGAAAAUGGUGGAAUACAACAAGAUGGCGGGUAAAUUUCACAAAUGGUACCUGAACUUUAGCUGGAAUUUCGAAGUGGUACCUGAACUUCAAAUCCUUUCACAAAAAUCCCUGAACUUACACAAUCCUUUCACUAAUGAGCCAUUAGCCCGUUUCUAGGUUAACUUCCGGUCAUUAGGGCCAAAUUC